AUCACCAUGCACUUGUGGUAGUGUAGUGAUGUUUAAUUGAAGAAACAUCAGUACAAGGCUGGUUGCUUCCAAGUCAUGCGUAUAUUUUUUAAUUCAUUAGUUUGUGGUCAUCGCGUUGACGUGCGUGUUUAUGUAUCAUCGAAAAUCAAUGGUAAAAGGUCGCAGUUGUCGUGGUUAUUUUUUAAGUGAUUAUACGAGUGUUAUUGUAAAUACGUACAAUAUGACGAUAUAGUGCCCAUCUCUAUCGAACGCGUUAUUAUCAGAUAAAUACGCGAAAGUGAUCAAGAUACGACGAAAACGUGAUAUCCUAUUUCCACCAUGAGGUACCGAAGAUCUCGUAUAUUUAACCGGAGUAUUCUAAUAUCGUGUAUAUGCGUGUUAUUACCAGUAACAUAUGGUAUAAUGGUCCCGACGGGAAAAUUAACGCCAAUAGAGCCAGCCGAACCAUCUCCUCGGCCAGCAUACGUAGUGCCAUCAAAUCGCAGAUCACCAGCGCCAGUACACGAGUAUACGCAAGAUAAUCCGGAACCACCGCCAUUGGAUCCAUCCUAUGUUCCUGUAACGUUUAAUUACAUUCAAUAUUUAUCGCCACAUGCGAUAGUUUAUGUGCCAAUGCAAAUACCUGUACCGAAGCCGGAAAGAUAUCAAGCUUUCAAAAGCAAAUACGAUAAGAACGAUAAAAUUUUAUCGAAAUUAUUGCAAAAGUACCAAGAUUAUCCAGCAAAUUUACAAAAGAAGUACAUUCAUCAUUAUAUAAAUCAACAAUCAAAUAAGUCAGCAUAAAAUUUUUGCUCUCGAGUAUCAAUGAAUGCGUGAUACGUAGUAUUUAUUUUAAAUUUAAAUAUUUUAUGUAUGUGUAUAUUUCUUUAUUAUUUUUCUAAAGUAGAUAUACCUGUUUAAAGUCUGUAAUAUUUAAUAAUUAAUGUCGUAAGUUUUUUCCUGAAGCGUUUUUUUUCUUUUGUAAUGUUGUACGUAGCCUGUGUAUAGAAUUUUUUUGUUCGAUUUUAAUAUGUAUGGUCAUGUCAAUUCAUAAAAAUAUUAUGAGAAUGUCGUCAGGUAUUAUAAUGUCUCAAUUACUUGUAUUUUUUCAGCUAUAUUUUUUAUAUCAUUUUUUAUACACUUGUUAUUCAGAAGGCUGACCAUUGACCAUAACUGUCACACGCAGUGUAUUUUAAGCUUAUCAUGGUUGACAGAGCAUACACACACGUGUAACAAGUACCUUUAUCAUACCUAUCAUUAUUGAAGGUACCCAUUUAGUACCUAUUACCUUUGCCUAUUGGCUCUGCAUUUUUGAAAAAUAUUAUGAUAAUUGCAACAUAGUAUUUUUAAAUUUAUGUAUUUAUAAAAAAAAAGAAUAAUGAAUAAAGCGUAUUCAAAUUGUGAAGAAAAAGUCAUUUUGAAUAGGAUUUUUCAUAUGAAAAUAAAUCUUACUUAUCGCUA